GGCCCAAGGGUAUGUGGACAUCCCUCCGGUUGAGCGCGCGAUGCAGCUCGGCCCGCAGAGCGCCGCCGCCUGGAGAGGUAGUCCACGCCUUCCGUCCAGGGCCUGUAGGUUCUCAUCCGCUCUGACGGCUAAGGCUUACAGUGCCGCUGGACAGGCCGCUUCCGCCCUGCACGCCAUGGCCCUCCUGCAAGUCCACCAGGCCAAGGCGUUGAAGCAGUUGCACGAGGGUGGUGCUGACUCGGGUGGGCUGCAGGAACUGCGCACGGCGACGGACCUCGCGCUAAGGGCGACGAAAGUCACGGCGCAGGCCCUGGGUCAGACGAUGUCCACAUUGGUGGUCCAGGAGCGCCACCUAUGGCUGACCUUGGCAGAUAUGAGGGAGGCCGACAAGCAUCGCUUCCUGGACUCCCCGAUCUCCCAGGCCGGCCUAUUCGGCGAAGCGGUGGAGGGCUCUGCCCAACAGUUCUCCGCCGCACAGAAGCAGACGGAGGCAUCUCAAUACAUCCUGCCCCGGCGGUCGGCUGCUGUAGCCACCCCACCGCCCGCUGCAGCCCCUCUGUCUGCUCGUCGCCGAGAGCGCCCUCCUGUGGCCUCUAUCUCCGCUCCAGCUCGGCCGCAGCAGCAGCCUUCACAACGGCCGCAGCGUGGAGCUGGCCGCAGGAAAGCGGCGCAGCCCGUCUCCGCCCCUGCCAAGCCCGUGAAGCGCCAGGGCGGGCGGCGUCCCUGUGACGUGCGACCCGGAGUUCUUGGAUCCAGCUCUUCAGGAGGUGGUGACCGCACCACUCCUUCCCCCGGCGGAGGGCCGGGUGGAGAAACCUUUGUUCCUGGUUUUUUCUAUUCCGCCACUGGCUACCCAGCCAGUGGUGCCCAAAACCUCAACAGAAGAGCGGGUUCCUUUUUCUCCGGGUUCCAAGAGGGCGAGGAGGGCAGUGCGCGAGACCCAGUCUCCACAUGGCCGUCCCCCUCUCCCUUCGCCAAUGGGCAGCAGGGUUCGGUUCAAGGACGCUAUGCCUCCUCACGAGCCCCCUGCCCAGCCGUGGAGCCAGGUAAGUGGCGCGCCGCGCACUCAGACCCCACCCUGGGACGCACGGCCUCCCGGGUUGGGUCCCUGUGUUCCACUGCGCUGCCCCACUGCGGGUACGUCGGUGGUUGA